AUGAAGUACUCUUUCGUCUGCGCCGCCCUCGCUGCCUCGGCCUCUGCUCAGGUCAUCUCUGAUAUCACCUCGGUCGGUGGUUCCAUCGUUUCAGCCGGUACUAGCGGUGCUGGAUCAGUCUUCUCUGACGCUACCUCUGGUGUUGGUUCGGGUAUCACUGGUGCCUCAUCAGUCGCAUCUGUCGCUGUUUCUGGAGCUUCCUCAGUCGCUAGCGCCGGUGUUUCAGGCGCCUCUUCUGUUGCCAGUGCUGGCACUUCCGGUGCCGCUGGUGCCGUCUCCACCCUUACUGGCAGCGUUUCAUCAGGCCUCUCGUCUUCCACUGCUACCGGCUCGGCCAAGAGCUCCCUCUCAUCUGAGCGCGCCUCGCUUCAGUCAUCGGCCUCGUCUGCCCUCAGCUCUGCCACUGGUGCCUUGAGCUCCGCUUCUUCGCGCGCCUCUGACGCAGUCUCAUCUGCCACCAAGGGUGCUUCUUCAGCUGCCUCUUCCGCCUCUUCGCGUGCCUCGUCUGCCGCUUCCGGUACCAGCACUGGUGCCGCUGCCUACAACGGACCCGCUGUUGGUGGUGUCCUCGGUGCCGCCCUUGGCUUCGCUGCCCUCCUCUAA